CGAAAGUUUAUACUUUCUCACUCUCCAAGAUAUCGGAGGACGGAGUUGACCUUGUAAAUAACGAGUGGACAUGGGCGUAACUCUGUAUCGUUAGUAUAUAAAGUAGAGUUCGUUGUGAACUGAGGCCAUUCGGAUUAGCGGUUAUCCAAGCAGCAAUAACAAAAUCUUUUUACAUUUUCCAAUCCAAAACAAAUCACACAAACCCUAAAUCAACAUGAAACAAAUGAUCAUCUUCGCUGUUCUCUUCUCUGUUGCCUACGCUGGUGUCAUCCAUGCUCCAGCAGCCUAUGUUGCCUCAGCUCCAGUUUUCACCAAAACCAUCCACCAUCAACCAGCUCUUGCUCCAGUACAAACCGUUGAACGAACCGUCCAAGCUGUUCAACACCCAUCAGUCACCACUCUUCACCAAGCUCCAACCACCGUCCUCGCUCAGGCCCCAAAAAUCUCAGGAUACUCAUACACCUCUGAUGUCCGACACGACGCAACCGUCGCAGCUGCCCCAGUUGUCGCUGCCGCACCAGUUGUUCAUGCCGCACCAGUCGUCCAUGCUGCACCAGUUGUUCACGCUGCACCAGUUGUCGCUAAAGUAGCUGCUCCAGCUGCCAUCGUCAGUGCACCAACUGUCCAUGCUGCCCCAGCUCUUGUUGCUGAAUCACCAGUAGUCAACUCAUACUCAAUUGAAACUGGACGAACCCACGUUGCUACCCAACAACAUUACGGAAUCGCUCACGUUCCUGGUGUUGUCAAUGUCCCAGCUGUUAAGCACAUCCACGCUGCUCCAGUUGUCCACGCCGCACCUAUUGUCCAUGCUGCCCCAACCUACUGGUAAACAGUUGCCACCAAACAUUAUUUUGAUUAGGUAAAAAAUGAUGUAUAAUGUAGUUAUGUAUCAUUUAAAUACUCCAACAAAGCCAUAACAAGAUCAAACAACCCUUAAAUGACUAUUGCGAAUAAUAUCCGCCAAGAGAUUGAUUAUAAUAAUUUUGAUAAAAUGGAUGGAUCAGAUUAGUUCUGAUUAACCUCAACCUCAA